AUGGCUAAAUUCUUUCUUAUCCUCGCCACAUCACAUGAAAAACAACGAUCUAAAUCUGGAAGGGGGGGGGGGGUACCCCCCCUUCUGAGGACAUCUGGAAUGUGGAUUUUCCAGAGGAAACUGUCUAUUGUCAAUGCCACACUGUUUUGCACUCUAUAUCACUUUAUGAACAUUGCAUUUGCACUCAAGGAUGACAUCCUCCUUACACUACCAUCAACUCACUUGUGGAUGAGCCACCUAAUGCCCUCGUCUGGACUGGCAAUGUUUCCAACAAGUCAGACAUGGGUGAUACAUUUGAGUGACUGGGUCAACAGUGUGGUAUUGCUGAAAUCCAUCUUUUUCCACCCUACUGCAUGUGUCCUGGACCAGACUGUUCAUGUGUGGCAGCAGCAAGUUGUACUUUUCACACUUGCAAGUGGCCCAUGUGUUGCUAAAGCUGCUCAUUUUUACUGUGAAACCUGCAAGAUCGACUAUUUUCAUAACUAUAGCGUCAGUAGAGCUGCAUCAGACCCUUUUGACUCUCAGGACUUGGACACAGUAGGGACAUCUGCAACUCUCCUCUCGCUUUUUGAAAGUGCUGUAUUGCAGUCUGUAUUCAAUUCAUCUGUUCAGCUGAGGAAAAACAUUGCGAGUGACAGGGAACUGUAG